UAUGAGCGGUGAGCAACCCCCCUGGUAUGUAUCGUAUGUAUGCCUUUUUCAAAUAUUUCUCUUGCAGUUUGCUGUUUGUGCUAUCGUCAGUCGAUUGUUUAGGCGCCGUCUUCGUACAUGGCUUUCAUCUUUUGUUGCGUGGACGAUUAGAAAAAUCAUACUACAGCUAGUGCAGAUACAUGACGGCGGCAAGGAAAUGGCAGCAGUCGAUGAUACAAUAACAACCAAUACGUCGAAGAACGUAUAUAAAUGUCCGAAGACCACCACAGUCGCUCAAAACCAAGCGAAUUGGAGAUCCCGAAACGCCGGCCAAAGCUCGGGGACUGCUCAAAGAACGAAAUCAUGGCGAAAUAAUAAACGAGGCGAGGACAGCACACGACAAACUUUCAACACCAGUCAUCGAAGCUACGAACAAAGUUCCCACUACAAACGACGAGAGCCGCAUUAUGGCAGGAACGACGUUGAAAAAAAGAAUCCUGGCACCGAAAGAAACUCCACCGCAGAGCAUAAGUUCACGUUCAAGUACCUACAGGACUUGAGCCAAAAGGACAGCAACGAAGUCAUUUCAGCACUGGCUUCGAAAAAAACAGAUUUUGAACAGUUUCUUUUGGAUGUACCCUCGGAGCUCAUGGCAAUAACUAUACGAGUUCUGGGCAACGUCUGUCGCGCGAAUUUCGAGGAUACCGUUACGCGUAUUCUUGUACCAACUCUAUCCAGCCAUUUUCUGGAUAAAUUAGACGACUAUCUGCUAAGACUACCCUACGAGAAAGAAGUCGAAAAGCGAAAAAACAAGCUUUACCACGACGACGUUGGCAGGUUCUGGACGGAUCUGACUGAUUUCUUCAAGAAGUUGAUCGAACUUUUGCCGAGCAAAGCUUGCGAUGGGCUGAGGCCGAUUCUAGAGAAGAUCGGCACGAUCUUCGAAUUCAUAGAUAAGUUUCAGAAGGACUGUAGAAUCGACGAGAAGGUAAAGCGGGUAGCCUUGACUUUGCAUGAAAUUUUGGAAGCAGAAGUUAAGAGGAUCGAGGAGAAGUCCAAGGCCACUCGCAAGCCGAUCGUUGCCGCUGAAUUGGAAACGGAAAAUCCACCGGAUGACUACAGGGAACUCAGCGUUAUCCCAACGCUAAAAGACAUGAUUAACGACAAGCCAUUCAUAAGAAAAUGCAAGAUAAACGAACCGUAUAGCUCGGUUGAUCACUAUUUGGACGUUCAGUUUCGUCUGCUGAGAGAAGAUUUUGUAUGUCCUUUGCGCAGCGGCUUGAAAGAGUAUCUGAACCCCAAUCCGCAAAAGUACCGCAACAACGACCUAAGGAUAUAUAGAAGAGUGACGUUACUGAGUCCCGGCGUACAGGACAACACCGUAGGUGUCACGGUGUCUUUUCCCCCGAUGAGCCAUGUAAACUGGCGACAAUCAAAGCGAUUGAUAUACGGUGGACUUGUACUACUGAGCAACGAUCAUUUCAAGACCAUCCUAUUCUUUACAGUCGCCUACCGCGACGAGAAAGAGUUGGCGAAAGGUCGAAUCCUAAUGGAACCGUGCGAAGGUACUGUGAUUACUCGAGAUAUGUACAACAGUACAUACGUCAUGUUGGAGUCGAAGAUAUACUUUGAGCCAUACUGGGCUGUUCUGAAUGCCAUGAAACAUCUGACAGAGAACGAUUUCCCGAUGAGAAAGUAUCUUAUAGACGCCGAUAAUACCAGAAGGUUACCCGAGUAUAUCAGGGAUGUUGAUUCACUAUUCUACAAGUACACUCGCCUACCAGUGGCCUAUGACAAAGUAUGGCCUAAUGCCAAGAGUUUCAAUAUGGACGAGACACAGUUGAAUGCCUUCAGAUCGGCUCUUACCCAGGAGUUUUCGUUGAUCCAAGGUCCUCCGGGCACUGGUAAGACUUUUAUCGCUUUGGAAAUAGUGGGUACGCUCCUGAAUAAUCAAGACUACUGGAAAAAUUAUGGACCGAUUGUUGUUAUCUGUUUAACAAAUCACGCACUUGAUCAGUUUCUGGAAGGUGUUUUGAAAUAUACGAAAAAGGUUGUUCGCGUUGGCAGCCGGUCUCAAAACGAGGCAUUAAAGCCAUACACAUUAAUGGAAAGAAGGAAAGCUAUGUAUUCCUAUGGCUCGACUGAUGCCGGUAGUAUGAUGUAUUACGUAAAGCAUGACAUGGAAUACAUUUUGAGAAACAUUCAGAAGACUCUGUUGCAAAUUUCUUAUUUGAAUCUUCCCGACGCUAUCGUACCUCUAGAUCUACUCAAGGAAAAUUGCAACAAUCCAAUCUUGCAGGAUUUUGAGUCCAAUCAGGACUUAUUGAGCUGGCUUAUUGAGGCUGACAUAAACCCUUAUUCAAUGAGCCUGGAUUCAGGUUUCAAUUUGGCCGACUACAACAAAGAAGAACAGCAGGUGACAACCGAUAUAAAAACAGAAUAUCAAAGCAUUGACAAUAUACCCGAGUUUGAAAAAUAUCACAAGAAAUCUGUAAUGGAUGAUGACUUGGAAUUGAAUGAAGUAUUUGAAGUUGAUCGUGAAUCGAAACCUAUGUUUCCGUUACGCAAAGUCAAUAUCGCUAUGACAUAUAUUCAAAAAGAACUAAUUGAUUAUAAAAAUAAGCAAGACAAAAAUGAUGCCCCCUUUGACCCGGUUAUCCAAGAGUUUCACAAGCGUCUUGAUAUUUUAACCAACAUUAAACAGUUAGUUCAGCAAGAGCUGAAACAACACUCAGUUAUUAAUCCCAAUCGCGUGAAAUCCAAUGACAUAUACUGGGAAAGUUACUGGUACUGGGUAAAAGAUAGUUACGAGAAUGCGAUGAAUCGACUGCAUCAACUGGAAGAGGAAUAUCGACAAACUCUUUUGAGAUUGAAAGAUGCCAAACAGCUGGUUGAUCUACAUACUCUAAAACAUCAUAAAAUCGUUGGAAUGACAACGACAGGCGCUGCCAAGAUAUAUUCAAGUAUACAAGCACUUCACGCCCCUAUAGUGUUGGUGGAGGAGGCAGCAGAAAUUCUCGAGUCCCACGUUGUGUGUUCGCUGGCAAGGAAUUGCCAGCAAGUUAUUCUAAUUGGAGACCAUAAGCAGUUGCAGCCAAAAGCAUCAGUUUACAAACUAGGAAAAAAUUACAAUUUGAAUAUAUCGCUAUUCGAAAGAAUGGUCAGAAUAAUGGGAGAUUGCACCCAACUGGGCUAUCAGCACCGGAUGCGUCCGCAGUUCGCCAAAUUGAUAACUCCGGCGAUCUACAAAAAACUUUACAAUCACGAAGUGGUGCUCGAUUACCCUGACGUCGCAGGAUUGGAGAAAAAUCUGUUCUUUCUCAAUCACGUUCAACGGGAAGAAAAUCACGACAUGGACGACAGUUGGACAAACCGUCAUGAGGCUGAAUUUUUAGUCGCUUUUGCCAGGCAUCUGGUGUUACAGGGAUAUAGUACUAAGGAUAUUACGAUACUGUGUACGUAUACUGGGCAGCUAUUUACUCUUACAAAGGAAAAAAGUCGUUAUUCAUCGAUCCUCCAGGAUUUGCGUGUGACGACAGUGGACAACUUCCAAGGAGAGGAGAACAAAAUUAUCCUCCUAUCUUUAGUGCGGAAUAACGGGGAAGGCAAUAUUGGAUUCCUAAAAGAAGAGACCAGAGUCUGUGUCGCAUUAUCUCGUGCCCGUGAAGGACUUUACAUUAUGGGAAACAUGGACGAUCUUGUGGUAAAAAAUAAUAUUUGGCCACAAAUCAAAAGCGUACUUGAAGAUGAGAAUGCCAUAGGCGAUGUACUUCGAUUGCGUUGCCAGAUUCACUCAGAGCAGCUGGUCGAGGUUAAAAACGCCAAGGAUUUCCAAGAAUCUCCAGAAGGCGGUUGUUCGAAGUUGUGUGGGGUUGACAUGCCCUGCGGACAUCCAUGCCUCAGUGUUUGUCAUAUGCGCGAUCGAGAGCACAAGGAAUUUUCAUGCAGACAACCUUGCUUGAAGGCUUGUUCUUUUAAUCAUCCCUGUCCACUGCUUUGUUACGAGGGUUGUAAAGCCUGCAAAGUUAAGGUCGAGUGCGAACUACGUUGCGGACAUACCGUAGAAAUGUCUUGUUCAAGUGACCCCGAUACUUUUCCGUGUUACAUUCAGGUUGAGACCACCUUACCUGAUUGUAAACAUCAAAUUCAAAAAUUCUGUCAUUUUGCUGAUGAAUUGUGCAGCUGCACUUAUCCAUGCGAUAGCCGCUUGCCUUGUGGCCACACAUGCAAACACACCUGUCACGUUAACAAAGAUCCUGAUCACAUAGAAUACAAGUGCUCAAAGGACUGCGCUAAAACAUACGUUGGCUGCGACAAUGGUCAUCCAUGCAAAAAGAAAUGCUUCGAAGAGUGUGGAUUGUGUCCAAUAAAAGUGGAAAAAACUCGUUCAUGUGGACAUUUUUACAAGCAGGCUCAGUGCGGCGAAGAUUUGGAAAAGCAGCCAUGUGUUAGACCUUGCAAACGGGAUAUACCAACUUGCGGUCACAAGUGCAAACAGCUCUGUUGUGAUCCCUGUGGAAAGUGUGAGAUAAUUGUGGAGAAGAAAAGCAUCAAAUGCGGUCACACAUUAAAAAUCAAGUGUUGUAACGAAGCCGAACCUUCGAAAUGCAACGGCAAAUGUCCAAAGACUUUACCGUGCGGUCAUCCAUGCACUAAAAAAUGCAAAGAUCAGUGUACCACAAAAUGUCAAAUAAUGGUAAAACUCAAUGAGCCUGGAUUAUGUGGUCACGCAUUUGAAGUGCCAUGUUUUCUACAGAGCAGUGAUCCAAAGUCUGAAGACUUAUUAAAGUAUUGCAAGGAAUCGUGCAAAACGAAAUUGGCAUGCCAGCAUUAUUGCAAAGGGAAUUGCGGAGAAUGCCAACAAGGACGGAUGCACAUCUUUUGCGCCGAACCUUGCGGCUUCCCACUUGUUUGUGGGCAUUUAUGUGAAGAUCCAUGCCGAGAACAAUGCAAAUCGUGUAAACGAAACUGCGAGCUUCAGUGCCAACAUAGCAAAUGCAAAAAUAAGUGUGGAAUGCCGUGUUCACCUUGCAUUGAAAAAUGCGCACUAGGGUGUGAACACAAAAAAUGUAAAAAACGCUGUUCAGAGAUUUGCAAUAUUGAGCCAUGCAUGGAAUUAUGUAAAAAAAAAUUAAAAUGCGAUCAUCCGUGUGUUGGAUUCUGCGGCGAACCUUGUCCACCAUUGUGUAGAAUUUGUAACAAGGAUGAAUUAACGGAACUUUUAUUUGGCGAUGAAGAUGAUCCCGAUGCAAGAUUCGUAUUUUUGGAGGACUGUAAACACUGUAUAGAGAGUUCAGGACUUUCAAAGUGGUUAGAACUGGACAACGACACUAUUAAAGUCAAGACAUGUCCAAAGUGCAAAACGCCAAUAAAAAAAUGUGCACGUUUAAUGAAUCAAAUAAAGAAAGAUUUAAAUGACGUACAGUUGGUAAAGAAGAAAGUGUUUUAUGGCCAAUACGAAGAUUUAGGAAAGAUUCAAAGAAAGCGUCUCGAGACCGUGAAGAAUAUGCUCAAGCAUGCGACGGUUUCAGUCCAUCCUGCAAUCCAAAAAUUUUUAUACAAUCUACGAGACAGAUUAACAUUUGUACGAAACCGAAGACGGCAAAUUUUAAGCGCACAGGACGUUGAUACUUGUCGAGUUAUAGUAGAUAUCAUAAAUCAUAUGAUUGAAAUACUGAGUACUAUUGAAGAAACACUCCAUCAAAUGUCCUUGGAGAAAUGGAAGAAAAAUUUUAUUUCAGGCUAUUCACCGGUUCCUACAUUUCGUGAUUAUAAGAUCACUUAUAAAUUUAUUGAAAUUCAAAUUUUAAUUAUUUUAGAAUCAAUUUCAUCAUGCACUUGGCACUUACCUAAACAAAGACUCGAAGAUAUCGAACUAGAACUUUUACGUCUGCAUUAUAUGGCUGCAUUAUGCAUCGCAGAUCUUAAAUUUAGAAAAUAUAUAUUAGCUAGCUUCUUGGUUGAAUACACAAAAAAAUAUGAUGUGGUACUAAAAAAAUUAUCAUGUAUCAAACGGUUUGAAAAAAAGGUUCAGUCAGAGGUACUGGAUGCGUUGAACAAUCUGCAGAAUGAGGAAAAAACUGCCGUCAUUGAGAAAUGUAUGAUCGUGCAAGCGAUGGGUUUCAAGCAGGGUCACUGGUACAAGUGUCCCAACGGACAUCCCUAUGUCAUAGGUGAAUGUGGCGGCGCGAUGGAAGUCGCCAAUUGCAACGAGUGUGGAGCAAAAAUUGGCGGUACUGACCAUCGUUUACUUGGCAGUAAUCAGUUAGCAAGCGAAAUGGACGGCACUGCAAUAAAUCCAGCUUGGUCUUGGUAAGGGAAGCGUCGGAAACUUAUAAUAGUUAACUUUUAUUAGUUUGUACGUUUUAUUAUUUUUUAUUUCUAUAAUUAUCAUGGUUUGCAUCAUAGUUAUUUUAGCAAUAGGUUGUAAAAAUGUUAGGAUCCAAACUGUAUUUGAUAUGUUUUAUGUAACAUUUUUAUGCAACUGUUUACAAUAAAAUUGGACUCCUACAUAAUAUAA